AUGGCAGGGCUGCAGAGAUCUUCACAGACAUUCAGGAGGUCCGGCUCAUCAGGCUUGGUCUGGGACGAGAGGCUCAUGUCACACGGCGGCAACCAGAGGGAGCCAGAGGACGCAGCCAUGGAGUCCAAGGAGCUGAGGCACUCCCGUAGCGUUGGCUCCGUUGGGCUGCAGCUGCAGCGCAGGCGCAACGACGAGAGCAGCAGCCAGGGCUUCCGUACUCGGCGUGUAGCCCCAGCUCUGGACCCGCCUUCGCCCAAGGUUCCUGGCUGCAUCUUCUGUGGAAUUUUCAGGAAGGCAGGAGCUUCACGGCCAUCUAAGCCCAGAAGCUCUACCUACACCCAUAAGCUGUAUUCUUGA